CGACCUCCCCCGCACAGAUUCCUGCCUGCGCGUUCACGUCUCCUAAAAUGCGCGGCAGCAGCAACAGCAGCGGUGGUGGCUGAGGGACAGGACGGCGUCAGUCUUGCUCAGUUCGGCGUGGAAGAAAUCGUUAUUUUUAGCACCUGGUUCGUGUUGCAGCGCCGGGGUCGCCAGAGGCUCUUUCUCCAUCUCAGUUUGAGGACUACGCAACGCACCCGCGCGCGGAGCAACGGUAGAGAGCGAGGAGGAGGAUAACGGAUUGACAGAGCGGGGAGGGGAGCACCACCACCACCACCGCACGUCUGACGGACGGGAGCUUUAUCACAUAUCACGUAUCAUCACCGCCCGACAGACUCCCCCGGUCCUCGUUUUAAACGGCCUGCCCGGAGAUGGCUAGCCAGGCAGCAGGUCGAGAUGUCCCAAAAGCCCCGCGGGACGAGCCUGAGUCGUCGGAGCCUCAGCCGAACCAUCCCGAACCGGCCUGUCAGGAGGCACAGAAAUGGAUAGAGGCUGUAACGGGGAAGAGCUUUGGAGACAAGGACUUCCGCAGUGCACUGGAGAACGGCAUCCUGUUAUGCGAACUGCUGAGUGCAAUCAAACCAGGGCUGGUUAAGAAGAUCAACAGACUGCCCACCCCCAUCGCUGGGCUGGACAACCUGUCAGUCUUCCUGCGGGGCUGUGAGGAGUUGGGCCUGAGGGGCUCCCAGCUGUUUGACCCCGGAGACUUGCAAGACACUUCCAUACGAGCCAACCUCAAGGACUCCGACUGCAACCGCAAACUUAAAAAUGUGCUGAACACAGUGUUCUGGCUGGGAAAGGCCGCCAGCGGCUGCGCCUCCUACAGCGGCCCGACUCUCAACCUCAAGGAGUUUGAAGGGCUGCUUGCACAAAUGAAGGUGGAAAGUGAGGAAGGAGGGGACGGUGCGCAGAAGCGCGGUGUGAGAGACAGCGGCUAUGACUGCUGGGACUCUGAGAGGAGUGAUUCUCUCUCUCCACCACGACACACUCGAGACAACUCCCUGGACAGUCUGGACUCCUUUGGCUCUCGCUCACAGCACAGUCCCUCCCCUGAUGUCGUGAAUCGAGGAAACAGUGAUGGGCGAGGCAGCGACUCAGAGGCCGACGCCCCCAGCAGGAAGCCAGAUGUGCGAAAGGAUGACAUGUUGGCCAGACGGACUGCCAGCAGUGAAUCAAGAAGCUCCAUUCCCUUUAACCAGUUUCUUCCCAACCGAACCAAUGUCAGCUCCUACAUCCCCACUCAGCGACGAAAACCACAUACGGAGGAAGGAGAGCAGCGGAGUCAACCUCAAGCUACUCCAGAGCAGGUUGAGGGCAAAAGACUGCACUUCAAAACCGCAAAGACUGUCACCUGGGCACCUGAGAACAAUGGCGAAAAACUAAACCAAGAAGAGGAGAAGGUGGCCCAGGACAUUUUGGAGCAGAGGAGGCUGCAGAAGUUGGAGAAGGCAGGGAUUAAACUUCUGCCUGCUGCCGCUCGCUACAGCAGCCCUCCCACAACGGAGGAACAGAAAGUGAGGUCGCCUUCCCCGAACAUCAUCCUUCGCCGCGAUAAUGACUUUUUGAACUCUCAGAAAUCUGCGUGGGAUUCCUCCUCUGACGGGGAGGAUCAGGCAGAGGUGCAGAAAGUUCCGGAUGUUCGUAGAGAUGACCUGGCGUCCAGACGAGCUCCCCGCGGCCCCGUCGCUCCCAAGGUGCAUCAGUUUAUCCCUCCGCCUGUAUGCAGCAACAAAGACCGAGAACGCUGGGAGGGCAUUAGACGAGCCUCACAGCAAACACUGCAGGAGAAGGAGAUCAGUGAGAAUCAAGCUGUCCCUGACAUCAUUACGCGCAGAGACAACCCCUUCCUAAAGUCCACCCCUCGCCAUGAGGAGGAAGAGGAGGACAAGGAGGAAGAGGGAGAAGAGGGAAGGGUUAAGGCGAUACCUAAUAAGCAGAAGGAUGACCUGGCUCGUAGGCGGGCUCAGAGUAGGCCAAUCCCUCACAGGGAUGGACCAAUGAGCUUUGCUCCUGCCGCCAUGAGCCAGGCAGAUAUGGAGAAGUGGGAGAGACUCAAGAUGACUGAACCCAGUGAGGCUAGUCCGGCCCCUGUGUGUCAGGCUUGUCUGGAGAAAAAUUAUGGAAGUCCUUUCAGCGGAUCAGCAAAGGCUGGACGAGGUCAAAGCAAAGUUGUGACCUUUGGGGGUGUGACUGAGAUCGGGCAGCCAAUAGAUACAGUCACGUCAAGUGAAGGGGAGGAGACGGAGUUGCUAAGACGACUCCUUUCCAAGGCAACUGUAGCCAUGCCUACCAUUGGCCUGGGCUCCCAGCUUUCAGAGCGGGAACGCAGCCAGGUAGAAGGAGAUAAUCUCAGUCAAACUGCCCCAAAAUCUGCUGACCUCCCACCGUGGACCCCCGAUGCCACUCCCUCUCCUGCUGAACUGGAUGCACGUCUGGCUCAGUAUGAAAUGAGAGCAGAGGAGGAGGAUGAGGAAGAAGAGGAGAGGAUCCCAGAUCUUCAGAAAGACGACAUGAUGGCGAGGAGGACAGGAGUUUUCCAUAAACAAAGCACCAGUACAGCGACUUGCAACCGCUUUCUGCCUGUGCCUGCCUCCAAACGCUGCACACAAGGGGUGGUCACCACUGAUGCUGCUCCGAGGAACAAAAAGGAAGUACAGACAGACAGGAGCAAGAAACUGAAUGUCAGGAGUUUCUCUCAUAGAGUGGAGCAACACCAACCGCGGGAUCCUAUGGAAACACCUCAACCGCAUCCUGUAACGGAGGUGAUCCGAUCCACCUCUCACAGUGAACAUGAAUACGAUGAUGAUGAUGAUGAAAAUGAGCCUGUGCCUGACGUACAGAAGGAUGAUAUGAUGGCUCGAAGGAUGGGAUCAUCUCAGAAAAAGGGUGCAGCCAGAACAAAUCAGUGCUUCAGCCAGUUCCUGCCAGUACCAGGAUCAGUCAAAUAUAACAUUGCCCCAGUGUCUGGCAUGAAGCAACUACACAACAAACCUAAACUCCCAGAAAAGAUGGCAAGUGAAAGCAUUGUUACCGUGGCAGCAGAAUCUCAGGCCUCGCCCUCCAAAGCCCCACGCAGGAUGAGUGCAGGGCUGAGAGAGAGGCAGGAGGAGGAGGAGGAGGAGGAUGGAAAGCAAAAGGGAGAGAUGACAAUCCCAAACACCUCUGUCACAGAUGUGACUGAACCUCUCUCUUCUAAAACAAUCACCCCUCCGCCCAGUCCUGCUACUGCCCCGACUUGUAAAGAGAAGGCAGAAUUGGAAAAGAGGAUUGUGGAGGAGAGAGUUGAGGAAAAGGUGGAAGAGAGAAAGGGGGAUGUAAAUGAGCAACCACGCAAGAAACCCUUCUGGCUGGAGGACGAAGAUCUGCCUCCAAUGAUGAUGAGCCGACGAGUUGCUUUUAUGUCUGAGGACACUGAGAGCGUGAGUAUGAGUGACAUGCUUAACGACGACGAGGUGGGGCACUUGCCGCAACUGAGCCAAUCACGUUAUGAGCGCAUGCAGGAACAGUACAGCAACUUCCAGGAUGAUGAAGAUCAGUGGCAAAACGAAUUGGUUCGCUGGAAGAAUCGCCGCCGCAGUGCGUCACAAGAGCUGAUCAAAAAAGAGGAAGAGAGGAAGAGGAUUGAGAAGAGGAUGAAGGAGGAAGGAAGUGACUGCAACAAGAGGAAAAGCAUUAAGACCUACAAAGAGAUCGUGGAGGAAAAGGAGCGCAGAGAGGUAGAGUUGUGUGAAGCCUACAGGAAUGCAGCGACUCCAGAGGAGGCAGCCAUGGUUUUACAGCGUUACGCUCUCCGCUUCACCAUCAGCGACGCAACACUGGACAGUCUAAAACUCCCCAGAUCCACCGCAAAACCCAAACCAGACCCAAAUCAGGUGGACAAAGAGCACAAACCUGUUCAUGACUCUGAGACAUUGGACCCUCUGCAUAAACCAGAAUCAACUGUUACGACGGACCAGAAGCACACAAAACCUGAAGACAUGGAGAUAGAUAAAACUGCUCAACAAGAGACUUCAGAUGCUGUUUCUUCCAGCUCCUCCACACCUAAAAGCCCCCUCCCCUCUGUCCCUUCUAAAAUACUUCAGAUAGAUAAAACUGCUCAACAAGAGACUUCAGAUGUUGUUUCUUCCAGCUCCUCCACACCUAAAAGCCCUGUCCCCUCUAAAAUACUUCAGAUAGAUAAAACUGCUCAACAAGAGACUUCAGAUGCUGUUUCUUCCAGCUCCUCCACACCUAAAAGCCCCCUCCCCUCUGUCACACACUCAGAAAACAUGCCACCUCAAUCCCAAGAACUUCGUGAACCUCAAACCCAACCAAUUGAGUCUCCAAGCACACACGAACAACCGAUGACAGUAGAUGCACAGCCUCAAACCAAACACACUCCGCCUCAGAUUGCACAAGUGCAGAUGCACACCACACCGCCUGUACACACACUCCCCUCCCCUCCAUCUGUGUCCUCCAGACCUGUUCCCCUGCUGGCGGCCAAACCCUACUGCCAGCCCAAGACUUCACAGUCUGGACAGAAACCUGUCAAGAUGGACGGGUUGGUGCGAGUGAACGGAGAGGCUACAGAGGAUUUAUCUGUUUCCACUCCACCUGCCUCCCCUCUGCACUCGUCAGAGGAGAACAAAGAUGUUACCUCCAAACAGACGGAAACAGAAGUUCCUUCCGAGGAGACGGCAGCCAGUCAAGAGACGGCGGAGCAGUCGCCUCCUCCACAGACGGAGAAACUAACCUCGUCUUCUGGCUCUGCCAUCAGCUCUCUGCUUGGUGGCAGAAACUGUGUCACCACAACAACUAUUGUGACAGAACUCACGCAGACUCACGUGGAGCCGCAUCCCCUGGAUGUCCAAAGCAAUGGACAGGUCAAUGGUACCAUGGGAUCAUUCGGAAAACCAGCAGAGGAAAAAAAGGCUCAACCAGUUGCAUCACCCUGCAGCAUGCAGGAAUAUUCCCCCACUGUCACAGAGGGACUCGAGGAGAGCAAUGUGACUAUUGAGACCCCCAUGUUGAACUUGGCUAAACGUGUUAAUCACUGGGUCUGGGACCCUAAUGAAGAGCGUACUCGCCUGGAAAGGUGGCAACAAGAGCAGGAGCGCCUCCUACAGGAGCAAUACCAGAGAGAACAGGAGAAGCUGAAGAAGGAGUGGGAGAAAGCACAGCUAGAGGUGGAGGAAGAGGAGCGAAAACACAAUGAAGAGGAGAGAAAGAUUCUAGAGGAGACUGUAACACCCCUCAAUCCCUCCGGCUUGUUCAUCCAGCAGCCGGGCCAGACAGGGAUGACUUCAUCAGCUCCAGAAAAAAACGAGAUAGAGGGCAAAAACGUUCCACUGCAGCAAAACGGCCAAAGAAUCUCCACAGGGAACGAGGAUCAGCAUGCUUCCAAGCUGCAUUUCUUCCAGGAUUCUGCUUGUGAUGGUGAGCCUUCAAAGAAACAGGAACUGUGGAAGACGUCCUCUCUGGACCGCAACCCUCAGCUGAUCCACGCAAAUAUUGUUAAAAGGUCUGGUUCCCAUGACACUGUCAUUGACAACCAGCAGUCCUCCUCAUCAUCACCUCAGCCUCCUUCGCCAAGCAGGUGUGUCAGUGGAAAGAGACUAUGUACUGGUUGUUCUCAACCUCUGGGAAAAGGAGCUGCCAUGAUCAUCGACACACUGGGACUGUUUUUCCACAUGCAGUGUUUCAAGUGUGGAGUGUGUGAGGGGCAGCUGGGUGACGCCACAGCAGGGACUGAUGUGAGGAUUCGUAAUGGACUGCUGAGUUGUCACGACUGCUAUAUUGCGUCUCGGGGUAGAGGACAGCCAACCACUCUAUGAUGACCUAUAUUCCGGAACCCCCACCAUCACUACCAGUGAUUGGACAGAGAACAUUCUAGAACCUUGAAUGACAUCCUGCACAGUCUGGAAAAUUCUGGAACCCUAACCCUCAAAUCUCCUCGGAACUUCAUGGAUACUGAACAUAAAACUGGACUAACGUCACAUGCACAUCAAGUACAGUACAUGCAUCUUAAAGUCCCAGUGAAACGGAAGUUACAGCGUCUUCAGCUUCUAUGCUGUGAUGUAUAUCCCAGUUAAAUGGAAUGUUUGAGCGGUGUACAGAUUACAAGAGAGAUUUAAAUCAAACCCUUUGCAUUUGAUUGGACUGCAAAAAAGUGCAUGGAGCUUACAGAGUUAAGUGCAAUAAGAAGCUGCAGAGAGAAACAUAGCUACAGAGGACUGUUGGCUCAACACACACCUCCCUCACUUGUUGUUAGAUCAGG